UAGGCCCAGUGUGUAUGAGCAGGCCAUACGAGCAUGUGAAUUCCCCACAGAGCCAUCCAUCAGCUGCAGACAGUCGCAGUAAGUUCGUUUCUGUUUUUCUUUUCUUGGAAAGGAAGAGGAGUGCCUCCACGCGUGACAUCACAAGAAACCUGAAACCGUUAUUUUCAGCAGCCCUCCCUCCCAACUGCCUGCUCCCACGUUUGCUCCCUCUCCCCAACCUUUCCCCGAGCUGCUCUAGUCUGUGCUUCUCAGCUGGGCUCCAAAAAAGCCCAACAAUUCAAGACAAGCCUGCCCAAACUGCACCUCUGAUCCCAGGAGGUGACCCAAACGGUGGCCCCGUGUGCUCCCGGGCUGACACCCCGACCCGCUUCUCGAGAAGUCACACAGCAAUACCACUUGGACUUGGUUACAAAGAAAAAGCCCAUCGACCUCCUGGAGCUGCCGUGAACAUGGAGCUGCAGAAACUGUCCAAUGGGACUCACCAUGAAGCUGCCAUGCCUGUGGAGACAGGAGUCUCUCCAGAGGAAGAAACCUUCCUUCCUCACAAAGACGAUGGUUCAAAGAGACCUCAGUUCACAGACUUUGAGGGAAAAACCUCCUUUGGGAUGUCUGUUUUCAACCUGAGCAACGCUAUCAUGGGCAGCGGCAUCCUGGGACUGUCGUACGCCAUGUCGAACACCGGCAUCGUCCUUUUCCUGAUCCUGCUCACAUGCAUUGCCUGCCUUUCUUGUUAUUCCGUCCAUCUGCUGCUACGCAGCGCUGGAGUUGUGGGUAUUCGUGCUUAUGAGCAGCUGGGUUUCAGAGCCUUUGGUCACCCGGGAAAGAUUAUAGCAGGCGUCAUCAUAACGCUUCACAACAUUGGAGCCAUGUCAAGCUACCUGUUCAUCGUUAAGAACGAGUUACCGCUGGUCAUCCAAGCCUUUCUUGGUCAGACAUCUGCCUCGGACAACUGGUUCAUGAAUGGAAAUUACCUCAUCAUCAUCGUUACAGCCAGCAUCAUCCUCCCACUGGCCUUGAUGAAGCACCUGGGGUAUCUGGGAUACACCAGUGGCUUCUCUCUCUCCUGCAUGGUCUUCUUUCUCUCUGCGGUAAUCUACAAGAGAUUUAACAUCCCAUGUCCUCUAGAAGUGUUUGGCAACCACUCUGUGAUAGCAGACAUCUCUGAGGACAUGUGCACAGCCAAAUUCUUUACCAUCAACCAGGAGACUGCAUACACCAUCCCCAUCCUGGCUUUUGCUUUUGUUUGUCACCCAGAGGUGCUUCCCAUCUAUACAGAACUGAGCAACCCAACGAAGCGAAGGAUGCAGAAUAUUGGCAACGUUUCCAUCCUGGGCAUGUUCAUCAUGUAUUUCUUCACUGCCAUUUUUGGCUAUCUGACCUUCUACGCGAACACGGAGGCCGAGCUCCUCCACACCUACAGCAAAGUUGAUCCUCUGGACACCUUGAUCCUGUGUGUCCGGCUGGCUGUCCUGGUGGCCGUUACUCUGACUGUACCCGUGGUCUUGUUUCCAAUCCGCCGUGCCCUCUUGCAGCUUCUGUUUCCUGGCAAACCCUUCCACUGGUUACGUCACGUCCUCAUCGCUCUGUGUCUGCUAUUUGCCGUCAACGUCUUUGUCAUCCUGGUUCCCAACAUUCGAGACAUUUUUGGCAUUACAGGGGCAACCACCGCUCCCACCUUGAUUUUCAUCCUGCCCGGGCUGUUCUACAUCCGCAUCAUCCCUACCAGCCUGGAGCCAAUGAAGUCCAGACCAAAGAUUCAGGCUGCGUGUUUCGCCUCAUUGGGUUUCAUAUUCAUGAUCAUGAGUCUGACGUUCAUCGGGAUCGACUGGAUGAGCGGCGAAAGGCGAAAUCUUGGUGGCCACUGAUGUGCGACCCCAUCCCUCCUCCAACCCUCGAGCAUCAGCAGCCCGCUGCGGCGCCCCUCCCCCCCAGUCCUCCGGACAGGAACAAGGUUUCAUCCACUGCUGGAAGGCUCCGGCUUUGGUGGGACUGUUUUCAUUAAUUACAAGGACAACGUGUUCCUCCACGGUGACGACUUCUAUUUUCUCACUCAAGCCGGCUGCAUUUACCACCGGGAUACAUCACGGGUGGCCUCUCUCAGUUCUCCACGCAGAGCUGGAGAUCAUCGAGGCCCCUCAACCACUAAAAUCUGAUUGCUUUGAAAGAGGCUACAUGUGGUGUUUUGUAACAGCAAACUGGCCAAACUUGUGAAUGCAAACCAACAAAAAGGUGAUUUUUCUGAUAAGUGACGUUUUAUGAAUAAAAUUCUGUUGCUAAAGGUGCUUCCAGAAUGCUGUUAAAGGAAAUCAAACAUCGGUGCUUAAUGUUUAGUGCAAUUAUUACUGCUUGCUGGAGACAAUAUGAGGUAAUAAGGAAAUUGAUUUGCAGAUGAGUUAAUUUAUGUAUUCAUAUUGUAAUUCUGCAGAGCAGUAAAUGGAAAACUGGAGAGAAAUGUUCAAUAAGCCAUAGUCUGACAAGAAGUUUAAACAGCUGAGAAGCUCUUAAUUUGUAAUGAUUUGUCUGUGAAUUUAUGCUAAGCAGCACACGUUCAUUGUUUAAUAAAGUUUUACAAAACCUG